AUGUCAGGAGAACCCGUAAUUAUUGAAGAUAUUAAUGAGUCAGAACUUUUGGGAGAGAAUGGCGAGGUUUACCUGUUUCAAUGGCUAUCCUCUACGGAAAAGCGAUUAGAAAGUGUCGGAUUGGCAGAUCUCAAGCCAAAACAAUCAGAUUUAGAGAAAGUGUUUGUCAAGGCCAUAUCUGCAGCAGAUUCGUAUCCACCACCUGGACGCGCGAUUCGCAACGUAAUCGGACGAUGUUUGGUUACCCUGUAUACCCGCGGAGAGUCAAGAUCAAUGUUUGAUACGAUGCAGUCGUUCUUGAGGCUCGUUGGUGAUUUCAAGACUCCCGACAAGGAUGUCGUCAAGAUCGCUGCGUUCUCUUGUAUUGGGGACCUAAUGGCAGUUUUCGGAUCUCAAGUUAUGUCGUUUAUGGCCGAAAUAUCUGCUGUCACCAUCAAAACAUAUAAAUCCUCGACUUCCCCUCUUCUUCGAUAUCAUGCGCUUGUGGCUUUAUCUAAAUCUUUAACGACGGCGAAACGAGCCGUGACGGAUGCAACUUGCAAGGAUAUCGUGAAACAGGCAAAGUCAGCUCUCACGGACAAAUCAUUGGCUGUACAGAGGGCUGCCUGUCAGAUUCUGAUCGCCAUGUACACUACCAGCGAUUCAUUGAGCUUAACACCGAGCGAGGUGGAUUCUAUCGUUUCACAAUCUGUGAAAAGUCUGGAGUCAGGAGAUCAAGCUACACGACACGCUCAUGCCCAACUUGUCGGCCACAUUCUCGCGUCAACACAGAUCGAGAGGGUUGUCCCUACACCUCAGGCUCCUCAGAAGAGUACAAAGGAUGGAACACCGGAACAGGCUGACGACGGGAUUUCAUCAUCGAUUGCUGCAGCGGAAGUGACAAAAGCGAUGUUUACCCCGCAAGAAAUGUUCCUUCACCUUUCUACUCAUUUUAACAAACCAAACGCAACUCGCAAAACAAGAAUUGGAAUAUUCGACUUUUACGCAGCCCUACUAACCAAAUUGGGUAUUACUUUUGUUGAAUCGAACUUUUCGCUCAUUGUGGCGCAUUUGGUGUCCGACAUUGCAUCGAACCCGAGGAGCAACAGUAAUCGCUAUGAGAUUCUAUUCACUCGAUCGUUGGUUGGAAUUUUGCUCCGCGAUUUGGUUGGAACCCGCAUGUUAAGCGAGCAGGGGCAGAUAACUGCCAUCCAGGAGAUGGCAACUGCUUAUCUCAAGCGUUGGCCAGCGAUGAUGCCUGGACAGGUGGCACCGUCUUCCACAGUUUUGGUGAUUGUCCUCCGCGAAGUUGCCGGCCUGCUACAACAACUUGGCAAUGCCCCGCCUCCUGUCCAGAAUGCACUCGCAGAACCGCUUGUUACGCUACUUUCACAUCCCAGCCAUACUGUUCGAGUAACAGCGUCAUGGGCGCUCCGAUGUUUCUGCCAUUCAACGCCGCUGCGCUUGCCGAAGACAAUCUUGACGGUGAUGGAUAAGCUCCAGAGAGACUUGUCGUCGCUAACAAACCCCAAUAGCGCCGCCGAAGUUCCACUCAGAGCACUCGGUCAUGCGUAUGGUUUAGCCGCACUUGUUUCCAUCAUCCCACAGCGUCCGCUGUAUGUCUCAUACGACGUUAGUGCCAAAGUACUUGACAUGGCCACUCAACUCCUCAAGCGAGCAGGAGAGCACGAUGUCAAAGUAGCCGCAGUUGAAGUCGAGGUCGCAUGGACACUGAUUGCAUCGUUGAUGUCACUCGGCCCCAACUUUGUCCGCCCGCACCUACCCCAACUUCUUGUCCUAUGGCGAAAUGCACUUCCUAAACCAACGACUAAGGAUUCGACAACCAAUGCGGGCCGCUCAAUCCAUGAGUGGCUAUUUCUUUUGCAUGUGCGGGAAAGUGCUCUGGGGGCCAUCUUAUGUUUCCUGGAGAAUAACGCUUCCACCCUUGUUACUUUGGAUGUUGCCCGCCGUAUCGCUUCUCUCCUCAGUAACGCCCUUUCAUUUGCCAACAAUUUCAUCUCUCAAAACGUGGAAGAUCCCACCGAGACCCAAGUGUCUUUGGUCCCCCGCAAAGGUCUAAAUCUCCGAGAACGCGAAGCACUCCUUCGACGCCGCGUCCACCAGUGUUUUACUGCACUAGGAUUCUCAAGUAUUGCGGAAUCCACACAAAUGGUGUUGUUGCAAUCGGUAAUCACCCUUUUUGCAAGCCCGGAUGGUUAUGCAGGUUCAUCCGUACAGGCUGCGAUUGCUUCAUCAUCCGGGACGUUCUCAUCUGUUUGGCAAAGUACAGAUGGGUAUGCAUAUGGUGUUACCUUCAAUGAAGUUAUCGAUUUCGGUGGCAUCGAGACCGGCAGUGAUCUUGCGCAAGGAGCAAGUGAUUAUCUCAAUCGCGAUACUGUCGAAGUCUCUAUUGAUGCAUUGAAUCGUAGACCUGUCUUUGGUGCAUGCGAACACGACCCCUUGUCACUUUGCCAGACCAAGCAAUCGGACACCGAAUUUCAACUUCUUGAGCCUCCUCCCCCUGCCACUUCUGUCGUCGACACAGCCAUCGAGUUAUUCGCCAAACUUUUGCCCCUCCAAGACCUCUCUUCAACCGUCAAGGUUGUCACACAACUCCUGGAAUCGGUUAGAUCGCCCAAGUUGGAAAGAAACGCUGGCCGGAAAUCCGCCGUGUUUAUUAAUGCCACGGUUGCUCUUGUCCUUGCCUUGCGUCAAGCAACGACCUCGCACUUCCGUCAAGCUAAAGAGACGUUUGGACAGAGUCAAAUCACUUCCUUGCUAUCACCUUUCCUGUUGGAAGCUGUCAUUGACGGCGACCUCGUUCUUCGAUCCGCUGGCAGCGAAUCUCUUGGGCGGUUAGCCAGUUUGUCUGGCACAAAUUAUCUGACGAAUGCGAUCAAAAACCUUGUCGACCAAGUAGUCAACAAUCGAAAUCCCAGCGGACGAGCUGGAUGUGCAUUAGCAUUUGGCUCCAUCUACAGUCACGUUGGAGGACUUGCCGCCGGUCCAUUGCUGAAAACUACGGUCAAUGUCCUCAUGUCGCUGAUCAAUGACCCUCAUCCUGUUGUCCACUUUUGGUCUUUGAAUGCCCUUGCGCGCGUCAUCAAUGCCGCCAGUUUGGCGUAUGCCCCUUUCGUCUCAAGCACCCUUGGCAUGCUACUCAAAGUAUAUCUUACGGAAUCGCAUGAAAAGGAGGGAGGGUCUCUUUCCAACUCGAAUAUCAGUGGCGACCUCCCUGCGUACCCAAUUGUCUGCCAGAUCAUCGAUUCCGUCAUCACGGUUCUCGGUCCCGAUAUCCAAGAAUCUUCCAGGACAAGGGCACUGGUGCAAAGCCUUGUCCAUGAAUUCUCUCUGGAGGAUGACGAGGGUAUAUGUGUUGAAGCAAUCAAAUGCAUCCAACAUUUCCUCAUGUUUGCCCCUGAACACACUGACAUUCCUAACCUUGUCAAACAAUUCAGGGGUCAUUUGUCAUCGUCACGCCGGCCCCUAAAGCUUGCUUCAAUCAAUGCACUGUAUCAACUUGUGCAGAAAGAUGCUCUAUCUAUGUCGAAACUUGGAGGAGAUCGAUUAGUCGAAGAUUUGUUCGGGAUGUUGGAUGACGACUCGUCAGUACAGGGUGUGCGUAAUGUGAUUUCAAGUUGGCUGCAGCAGACUGUCAUCUAUAACCCAUCAGCGUGGAUCGACCUCUGUCAGCGUAUUAUGGCUCGUACAACUGCCUCACAGCAAGUCGCUGACGCCGCUAGUCGCCAGAACAUGCGAGACGAUGAAGGCGAGUCUCUCAAUGUCGGCUUGUCCCAAGAUUCGAAGGCUGGUGGUCGAGGUCACCUGACCUCUCGGUGGAGGACACAGUUAUUCGCCCUUCAGUGUCUACAUGACAUCUGUGUCACUGUUUCUAGCAGCGGAAGGCGCGAGCAUCUUAAUGCAAUCUUUGCACGAAACCAGAACAUCCCUACAUCUGGCUUGCUUUUCUCGAGAGUGAGCGAUUUGAUCAAGAUGGCAUUUACCGCUUCUACUGCAUAUGUCACCGAGAUCCGUUUAGCUGGACUAGUCAUGUUGCGAGACGUUAUCGAGAUUUUCGCAGCCUCGCCAGACCCGGCAUAUGACGAUGCACUCCUUCUCGAACAACAUCAAGCACCAAUCACGGCCGCCCUUACACCCGCGUUUUCAUCUGAUUCCACCCCCGAAAUUUUGGCGUCUGCUGUUGACGUUUGCGCUGUUUUCGUAGGGUGCGGUGUUGUGAAGGAUGUUAGUAGAAUGGGUCGUAUUUUGAAACUCUUAAUUACAGGCUUAGAACAAUCUAAAGAUUCCGGCAUGCUUUCACUUGGAGACGCUGGUGAACUAAGCCCAAACGCAUCGGCGAUGUUGAGAAUCUCGACCUUAUCGGCAUGGGCGCAGCUACAGGUCUCGAGCACACAACAAAGUUACCUGGAGAAUGUGGUCAAGCCUUAUCGUUCAACUCUUUGCUCGUUGUGGAUUGCAUCCCUUCGGGAUUAUGCAAGCAUCAGAAUCGACUCGGAAUUUCUACAUGACACAUCCUCGGUCGUUGAUUCUUCCUACUCAAGUCUCGGAAAAGAGGUGUUACUUCCUUAUUACUCAAGAUCCUGGUCCAUUAUCCUGCAAGCUGUUGCAACUGCCAUGCAGGCAGGUGAUCCCCACAUCUUAGCCGCUAUGGACGGAAGAGAGUACGAUGAAAAGAAGGUUGAUUUAAUUACCUCCACGGACAGGAAGGAACCUACUGCUUUCUUCUUUGUUGUAUUUGGCCUCGUUUACGAAGCCUUGGCCACGUCGUCGGCGGAUUCUUCUUCAACUACACCAGCCAGGCAACUUGGCGUCAUUUCAGCCCUCCAAGCCCUGAAAUGCCUUGUCAAGCCCGAGUACUCCGGUGCUGCAAUCAUGGAACCCACAAUUUUCGAAGAGUUCAUUAGUCUUUGCUAUCGGAUGGGAAUGACUGAAGCAGCUGCGGUUCAAAUCCAUCUAGUCGAAAUGCUUGCCGUUUUUGCAGCUUCGCAGUCAUCGACAACUCCAGGAUCCGAUGUCCUCUCGCUCACUUCGCCUCGUGUGCAUUGCCUGCGGAUAUGUGCUCACAUUCUGAAACAAUCGACAUCGCUCUCCCGUGCCAGUGCCGCACAGAGUCAAGUUGCCGAUCGGAUUGCUCUAUUGUCUACUUGCCUAUCAGCAUUCACAUCCAUCGCUGCUUCUAUCACCUCCUCACAAAGGGAGGAUGUCCGUGGCGUGGCCUCUCUACUAUACAACGACCUAUUGAAGGAUGAGUCUUCUGAGCUGGACUUGGUGGGACCAACCCUUCCGGCUCUUAAAGGUCUUCUUGAUCUUCCUGUCGGAAAUGACCCCGAAGACAAAGAUAGAUAUUCAAAACUUGUUCAUUCUCUGCUAUCUGCUUGUCUUCACAACAUUGAUAAUAUGCGUGGCCGGCAUGGGGCGAUCUCAACAAAAAAAGUGAAGAAUAAUAUGUUAGCGGCCGUUCUUAUCUUAACCGUUAUUCCCUCAUGGGCAAAAGUUGGUGGUGCUGUCGUUGAGCAUGGAUGCUACUUGAUUUCUCAAAAACUUCUCGACGCCGACGAGAUGUCUUUGACAGCGGCCCAUUGUGCGAAAACACUUAUACUGGCGUCAUCGUCGGGAAAUGGGAUGCUUCUUCAAUGCGCACGACUUCUUAUUCCGGGUCUAAUCGAGUUCAUUGCCAAAAUGGCUCCAUUGGUUCACGAUGGUUCGCUCUCUGAUUCUCAGUCAGCUGCCAUAAGUGAAGUAUGGAAAGCAUUUGCGACGUUGUUCACAUCGACGGCUGAAGAUAAUCGUCCACGUUUACUCGGAGUAUUCUUACCGACCAUUUCCCUCGUUCUGGCAAACACGCCCCCUCCGCAGCCAAUCGCAGCUUCAAUAACCACGCAGACAAUUUCACAAUUGCUGUCAUUUGCGACAACGUCACCCCUGGCGUUCAAAGAAGCCCUGGGAAAGAUGGAUGUCUCUACACGUGAACUUCUCGAGCAAUGUAUUCGUCGCGCUGUCGGUAAUUCCUCAACUGGCAGCUCGCAGCCCGCGGCCAAACCACAGAUAUCUCUGAGAUCAUUUUAA